UAGACCGUUGAGUUUCGUAGUUCUAUCGUCCGGUAAUCUUUAUACACAAUGCAGGUCAUUCUAUUCUUUGUGGCUUUUCUGUCAGUUUACUAUCAAGCAUCUGCUCUUUCCUGCUAUCAAUGCAACAGUGUGGAAGAUGGCACCUGUCCCACGCAAGAGUUAAUCGAAUGUAAUAUAUACUCUACGCUAGCCGGAAUGACUGCGUUGGGUACUUUGAAACCAACUUUACCCAUCAUUCCCAGCACCACGGACUUUCAAUGCUACAAAUUGAUCGCGGAGCAGUUGCUUACCGGUAUCACGGUCACUAUUAAGGGAUGUGCGUACGGUACUACGGUAGUGUGCGACGGAGUGCCCUUAAAUGCCUCCCAAAAGGAAUGCCGCACCUGCACCGGAGAUGGAUGCAACUCGGCUGCACGGUUGACAACUGGCGCAACUCUCGCUCUGGCAUUAUUAGCUAUCAUUCGCUCGUUAACACCUCACUGAUUUUGUUCGCUCCAAAUUGUUGGUCGCUCAACAAUCACUACACUUUACUCAAACUGCGCCACUGCUGCAACAAUAGAUAACAGACAGAUAAUGACACGAUUGAUAAUUUGGAAAGUUCAUUCAUACCUGCCGCACCUGUCACUCCCAGGAAAACAAUAAUAAACUGCGGAAUAAUUGCCUAUCAGUGCCUCCUUUGUUGACGCUUACGAAUAGCGAAUUGCGAAAAAACCAUGAUUUCAAAAGCUAACAGUCAGGCAAGAAAACAAAAAACGGAUGUUCGACUGUUUAGCAUGAGUUUAAAUAACGAGCGCUGCAAGGAGAAAAAUUAGAUUAGUAAAAAUAAGUCAGACCAACUAACUGAUGAGAACAAUGUAACAAACUAUGACAGUAUAAAACAAAACGCUGAUGAAUCUUAACCCUGGAAAGUUUGUCUGCGCCAAUUUGACUCCUCGCUUUCAGCAAUUUUCACUCUUUUCUUCUAACAGUGCGUCAGUUUUUUCUCGGUUUUCCGAAAUCAAUAAUGAAAUAUUAAAUCCUUAAUUCGGAGUUUUGUUAUUAAUAGAUGUGUUAACACCAUAAUAACCAUUCAACGAUAAUUUGUGGAGAAAAAGUUGCAUUUUCAAUCAUUUGAAAGUCGGGAGUCAAUUUGACGCAUGAUUAUCCAGUUCCGCACAUCAAAAUAUGAUUAUCUUUUCAGGGUUAAUGUCUUAGAUGAAAUUGAUGAAGAUAUACCUAAAAUCGUAGUAUCAUUUGUUGCACAUACGACCAUAUGUCGACCUAUUAUAUUACUUUUAUUAUUUAUAUUAAUACGCGAAAAUUUAAUCGACCAUUUUUGAUUUGAAUGAAACUUUGCACACGUAUUUGGCUUAGCAAACUGAGCAUUUUUCACAGAUGGAGAGAUUUUUUAUACCCAUGAGUUACAUUCUAAAAGGGUGUAUGUCUUCUGGCAUAGGUUUUAUUCGAAACAUAGUAGUCCAGAAACCGUUGGUUGUAUACAAAAACUGUCCGAGAAUGAGUUAUAGGGAAUUGAAAAUGCAAAAUUGUUUUGACCAAAAAAAAAUUAAAAUAAGCAUUAAAUUUCUAUUUAAUAAAAUAA